CCUGCCUGCUGUGCCUGCUGCAGGCAGCCCGCCUCUCCCGGCCUGUGCAGACCUGCAGGCAGCAUCGGCAGCCCUGCCGGGCCACAAACACACCCAGGAGGGUGUGAACAGGCAGCAGAGGAGCAGAGUAGGACUCUGUGGGCAGGGACGCCCAGCUGAGAGCCCAGCCCCAGCAUUCACCUGGCCUGUCGGCGUCCCAGCGGCAGGAUCCCAACGUCUGCAGGGAGCAGGACGCCUGACCUUUGGCCUGGGACAGCCUGGCACUAUGGCAGACUCCCGCAGCUGCUGUCACCCCUGUUCCACCUGCCUGCUCUGCCUCUACAGCUGCCAGUGGAUCACCACCAAGAAGGAGAAGAAAAAAGGCCUGAGAACCACCAAGUGUGACUACAGCUGGUUCCUCUUCCUCUUCUGCGUCUUUCUCUUCACACUGGUGUGGCUCUACGUCGCCAUCAUCAUCCUCAAUGAUUUCCACAACUUCAAUGAGUUCAUCUUCAAGCAGAGGAAGUUGUGGCUAGACUGGUCCCUGGUCCUGCUCAUAGCUACAGCUGUGCUGAUCACCUACUCAGCUGUGCUGCUGGUCCUUGCUUUGUGCUUGCAGCUCUGUGGCCAGCCCUUGAAGCUACACUGGCUACACAAGACCCUGCUGAUCCUAACUGCCCUGACAGUGGCUGCAGCCUUCACAGGGCUGGGAAUAAAGUGGGCGGAGGAGUGGAGAAGUGCACGUAUCUCCCUGCAGGCAACAGGUCCCUUCCUGCACAUUGGAAUCGUGGGGGGAAUGACACUCCUUGCCUGGCCCCUGGCCAGCUUCAUCUACCGCACCCGAAACACAGGUCUCAAGGUGUUUCUACUGCUUGUGUAUUGCAUGGUGAUGACUGCGCUGUAUCUGACUCCCCUGGGAAUCACCUCUCCUUGCAUCAUGGAGGAGAAUCAGCUGCCCCCCAAGCCAGCCCUGGUUGGCCACCGAGGAGCACCCAUGCUGGCCCCUGAAAACACCCUUAUGUCGCUGCACAAGGCAGUGGACUGUGAUGUACAAGUCUUUGAGACGGACGUCAUGGUGAGUGCUGAUGGGGUCCCGUUCCUCAUGCAUGAUGAGGAACUCCUCAGGACCACUAACGUGCAGGCUGUGUUCCCUGAAAGAGCUGCCCUAAACAGCACCACCUUCAACUGGACAGACCUCCAGCAAUUGGAUGCUGGCAGCUGGUUCCUAGAGCGGAAGCCGUUUCCCACUGUGCAGAGUCUUUCUGCUGGUGAUCGCUACCAGGCAACUAAACAGAGGAUCCCAUCCCUGGAACAGGCACUAGAAGCAGCCAAGCAGAGCAAUAUCUCCAUCAUGUUUGACCUCCGGCCUGAGAACCACAGUGACUACCAGAGCUUUGUAAAUGCCACCCUGGAAGUGAUCUUACAGUCAGGCAUCCCACUACAGCAGGUCCUCUGGCUGCCGGAUGGGUUCAGGGAGCAGGUCAAACAACGAGCCCCAGGCGUUCAGCAAGUUUAUGGCCGGAAGAGACUCCAGAAUGAGAAGGAGCCACUGCUGCAUGUCAACCUGCCCUACCAGGACAUGAGUUCUGAGGAGAUCAGGCAGUACCGCCAGGACAACAUCUCUGUCAACUUGUAUGUGGUGAACCAGCCCUGGCUCUUCUCUGUGCUGUGGUGCUCUGGGGUGAGCUCUGUCACCACCAAUGCCUGUCAGGUGCUGAAGGAGAUGAAACACCCUAUCUGGCUGCUUCCCAGCAGCACGUACCUCAUGAUCUGGAUUGUUGUAGAUUGCGCUUCCGUCCUUGCCAUCCUCUGGGCCUUCCUCUUGCUGAAGAAAUGCUCCCAGAGAAGACAGUCAGCGGAGUCCGAGACGGACGUGCUGCUCACAAAGAUCAACAGCCUGAUGCAAGAGUGACCCUCUGGCCUGCAUCAGCCAUGGGGAGGGGCAGCCAGAGACCUGCCCAGCUCCCAUGGGCAGCAUUUCUCAGGCCAGCUUUGAGGCUCCUUUCCUUUGCAGACUCCUUCUUGAACCUCUUGUUCCCCACAGCCUUCCCGGUGCCUUGUGUGGUACAGCUGAAAAGACCUGGAACUGGGUUCCCAGUUCCCACUGGAGGAACUGGAGCCUUUGUAGGGGUUUCCUGGGGCUGGCUUGUGCCUGGGGGCUGAGUAUCUAUCCGGUGGUGCUGGGGCUAAGACUCCUCCCCUGGGGUUUGGAGACUAGGGGGGUGUGAGUCGUCAUUUGGUUGGGAAGGGCAGCCUCUGCCUCUUAGCACCAGCUCUGUAGCCAGUGCUGGAAAAUCUUGAUUGAAAUGCUGCUCCCCCGAGCACUGCCCUGCUUCCUCGUGGCUUGAGGAAUAGGAAAGGGGGUGGGAUGGGGGGUGGGUGGCUUGUCACAAGAUGGAGAGGGAGUUGAGCUUUUCCCACCCCAAUCCGGAACACAAGUCCUGCCCCUGUUGCUGCUGGCGGGUCAGGGUGCGGGCACCCCACGCAGCAGUUCUGCGUGUUGCUCCUGGGGGGAGAGGGAGCAGGGGGUGGAGGUGGAGG